UUGUCAUGUUAUGACAGCCCACUGAAACCGCAACAGUAUAUCAGUGUAGUGAAGUUAAAUAUUAACGAAAGAAAGAAAAAAAUACUAACUGUACUUUUGGACUGUGCCUUAGGUUUAAGUGUUUGAUUGACUUCUACACUGUUGAGCUUCGCCGCGCCUGCUGCUUCGUAUGCAGAAAUGGCGUUAGCGGAGUUUGUUGGCUGCAGUCUGGUGGCUUUUGGGCCGUCGUUUUCUAUGUUCUGCAUUACGAUUGCUUCGUGCCCUAUCCGAGUGAUUAUCUUCAUAACUGCAGCAUUCUUCUGGCUAGUAUCGUUGUUACAUUCGUCGAUUUUGUGGUGUUGCACGGUGGCAAUAUUCCGGCCGUCAGAUAUUAGCAAACUAGUUCCCUUCGGCGUAAUUGAGGCGGUUCUAUUUCAAGAAUUAUUUCGCUAUUUAUUCUAUAAAAUCUUGCGAAAAGCUGAAGUUGGCUUAAAGAAGGUCACAGAAGUUGGUACGGACGGAAAUGUCGUGUCAGAUUCUAGGCAAACACUUGCUUAUGUGUCCGGCCUCGGCUUUGGCGCCAUUUCCGGAGGGUUCUCGCUCAUGAAUGUAUUGGCAGAAAUCGGGGGACCAGCUUCCGUCGGAUUAUUCGGCCAGUCUGAAUGGUUCGUCCUGGCUUCGUCGUUUACAACAUGCCUUUUCAUAUUUCUGAACACCGCUUGGGGCGUGAUGUUGUUCCACGCAUACGAUACAAAAAAUAUCUUUCUGGCUUGUGCGACAAUCCUGCUGCAUCUGACUUGUUCGUUGGUUACACUCUUCAACGCGGGCGAGGUAUACGUGGCCUCACUGGCUCCCAUCACGUUGAUAACACUCUUCUGCGCUGGAGCUGCAUUCCACUGUGCAGGUGGACAGGUUCGGAGAUUGGGCCUGAUCUUUGCACGACGAUCAGAGAGUAGUAGACGGUCAUCGCUUCAAUAGAAAGUCAGAUUGCGGCAUUUCUGAGUUCCCGAGUGGUCCGUCUGCUUUGUUGACUGGCCACCAACACCGCUUAUGCAGGGUAACGAUGCAAACUGGACAACAAGCCCCUCACGUCGAAAACCACAGAUAACGUACAAGGAAGUUGCUUUCACAAAAUGGCUACUCUGAAGACGGCUUGCGUUAUUGUUAAUGCGGAAUAGGGGUCGGCUCCUUAUAGGUGAUAUUUUAAAGGAUACAAGUUAUGCUGACUGACAAAUGGUGGGGUUUUUUACCUUUUAUUAUAAUCGUCUCCUUGGUAGGCUAUUUAUCACUACUGUUAGAAAGCUGAGAAUGCUGUUAUACAUCUAGCACUCCACUCAAUAUAUUCCAUUGUCUGAAAAGCAACUACUGGAUACAUACGGUACAUCAGUAUUGUAUAAGUAAGCAGUGACAGUAUUACAAUCGAAUUGUAAUACGACUUCAGGCAGUGCGGCACUAUUGUAACGGCGUUGCUAUGGCUAUUUGCAGUCUAUAGAUCGACGAUCUUGUCUAGUCCAAUGACAGCGCAAUGAUAACAGUAAGAUAAGCUGUAAAAGCAGUGUUGAUAUAACAGUCUUUGGUGGUCUAAAAAUCCGCCGGAAGACAAGCGAAAAGUAUAACAAUACUGUUCGUGUCUCUCAUCUUUAGAGCCUGAGGCCUCUAGCGCCAGUAUGGAUGGGCGACGAAGGCUGUCGUCUAAUACAAUGGAGUAAACGCGAUCAGGUAACGGGGUAAAUGUUUACGACAGAACUCAACAAAGUUUAAUUCAAAAUGGUACUUGUAAAAACAUGGGUUGUGUAUGAAACGAUACAAAUUACUCAUAAUCCAGGAGUUGUAACUUUUUCUGUGUUCUGAUCACAGGAGGCGGUCGACAUUUAGCUACUGUGUAUAGAAGAACGAAGCUUAACUCGAUGAAUUAAUUGAAUUUCUGCAUUUCUCAGACUACAGUGACAAAAAUUAGAUGUUGCUAGAUCAGUCGUUUCAUAUCGUAAAAUACAGAGAGAGUACAUACAUUUAUUGAGGCAUGCUCUACUUCGAGAUUCUAACUCUAUUUGCAAGCAAUUCAUCUAAUUACACCUAAUGCACAUACGGUAAGAUUUUCAUGUAUGGAAUUGGAACCUACCGAACUGACAGUUCUAUUUACCUAAAAUGAUUUAGUUUGUUGCUUGACAUUAAAUGGGACCGUAUCAGUGACGGUGCCUCAAGGCAAAACAACCAAGGGAUGGAAGUAGAAGGCGCAAAAAAAAUACUUGGUAACUAUAGCAAUGAUAUAACGAAGAUUAUUAUAUAUGUAACAUAUCCACAAUUGUAAAUUCAAUCACAUCAAGUAAAAAUCAAACUGGUGUAUAAGUAAUAAAUUUUCGAUUAUAUAGAUAACAUUCUAAUCGAUGCUAUUAUCUUCCUAAUAGUUUUGUACGUAAAAGUAUAACAUUCUUCUUGUUUUUUUUGGUAUACUGGAAUUUUUUCUAAUGGUGGUAAACGCCAUUGCUGUCGCGUUUUGUAAUGUAAUGCUACUAUCCUAUUUCAUUGCUACUUUAAUUCACACUUAGAGGCAGUGGAUGGACUGUUUAUUUUGAAUUUCCAUAGGUGAAUCUAUUCGACGUUGUAAAGAUGACAAAGACAGUUAAUGCCAUAGUAUUUCUGACCGGGUAAGUUAGAAGCUUUGAGGUAUUUUAUUGUCAGACAGUAAACGUUGAGAAAACUUACUUUUUUGGCCCUUAAAAAAUGUUAGUAUUGAACCUUAUGAGAAGUAGUUGUAUAUAUGUAGUAAUAGAUAACCCAAGCAUAGAAGAACACACACAUGCCAAUAAUUUAAGGAAGUGAGACAUUGCCGUACGUUUCAUUUUUCAUCUUUUAUUUUUUCGUCGUUUGUAUCGCAGCAUCCGUUAAAAUAAUUAAGAUAUAUGUCUGCAUCUUCUUUUCCUUCCUCCUUGUAAAUAAAAUGAAGUUGUGAAAUGGAGCAAUAAAUAGGGUAGUCAUUAGGAUUGACUGGUAUGUGAAGAGAUGACUUGAUAUUUGCAAUGGAUGGUUUUUAUAUUUUUUUUUAAUUUUGGAGUUUGCGCUUACUUAUUGUAUCUCAGUUGUCGGUACAUAAAAAUCGGAAAUGAAUAGUUUCGACGAUUAAGACUCUAAAAGGCUGCUCACAGCGAUGAGAAGUACUGCCAGUCUUAUACAAUCGGGUAGUUUGGUAAAAACUAACGAUAAAACUGUUUUCUCAGGAAUAGCGACUGACAGCUUGUAUGUGCGAACUACUUUCGCUGUGCAACCUCUACUACAUUCAUUAUCAUCAACUCCA